UUUAUGCUGUGGCAAGGAAAAAGGAUUGCAUACAUUACCAAGCGCACACGGCACACAUAGUGAUGUUGUUUUGCUUUGAUGUGUGUUGUGUUCAUUGUGUUUGGGCUUGUUUUUGUUUCGGGAAUGAAUUGAGAAACAGACGCAUCUCACACUACUGCUGAAUUAUUGCCAGAGUGAGCUUUGUUUGCGUUGCGUUUUGUGUAUGCGUGCACGUGGAAUAAAAGUGUGAGAAUUUGUGCUUUCCUUAAGGUUUAAAGGCCGGAUAAGAAGAAGGAUCCAUCAAGCCAGCCAGUGCCGGAAAUCUCGUUCAAUUGUGUGGGAAUAGAUUUCCCACUGGCCCUAUCCCCAAGCAUGGAAUAAAGGGUGCGUACUGCUGAGGGAAAGAGAGUGCGAGUGUGUGUGUGUCGAAGUAUAUUGUGUAGUGUUGUUCAUAUUGUUGAUUUAGUUACUUGCAGCUAUUGCAAGUAAACAACGGGGGAAAUUAUCGCAUAUAGUACAGUAAUACCAGACGACAGUCCCAGUGGGAACCGUCCAAGAUAUUUGAUUCCUUUGUGUAGCGCCGCGUAGGAGUGGUGUCGAACGUGUUUUGCUUCGUAUAAGAAGCAUUGGUGUUUGUGUGUGUGUGUGUUAGUUGGUGCCCGCACGGCUCUCGCAACACAAUGAUGCCGGCAAAGGGAUUUCUCCUUACGCUGCUGGUGCUGGUUGCUAGCAGCAGUUUCCAUGGCCAUCAUCAGGUGAAGGGCGAAAAGUAUGAAGAUGAGGACGACUACUACGAUUCAAGAGAGCGUGUCCUGGAAAAUUCGUACCACGGGCUGAUAAAGGAAAAUGAAACAUUCGUUGAGAUAACGCCACUGAUCAAAGUCGACGAAACGAAAAUCUGUGGCUUUCACAUAAUCAAAAAGAACAAGGAAAUUCCCUUUCAGAUUGAGCUUGUCAACGAGCUUGGCAUCCUGAAAGCGAAAAAGACACUGAACUGCGAAAAGCGGAAAAAUUACAAAUUCGAGAUUACGGCCGUUUUUUGUGAUGGAUCUCAUUCGAAAAGCGCGAGCGUACAUAUCUCCGUGAUUGACAUUAAUGAAUAUUCGCCAACAUUCCUGCAGCCCUCAUACGUCACAGAGGUUGACGAGGGUCGCCUAUACCAGGAGAUCAUCCGUGUAGAGGCUACGGACAAGGACUGCACGCCACUGUUCGGUGAUGUGUGCAAGUACGAGAUCCUUACCAACGACCAACCGUUUACCAUCGACAAUGAGGGCUCGAUACGCAACACGGAACCACUGUCGCACAAGAUCUCGCACAAUCACAUCCUCUCGGUAGUGGCGUACGACUGUGCAAUGAAACAAUCCGCCCCAGUUAUGGUGAACAUUCGCGUACGGCGUGUGUGCGAGGCACACGUAAUGGGAGUGGCAGAACGUAUUGACUACAUUGCCAACUCCAUGGAAAGUGUGUCACUGUUCCCGAAGAUUCAUCUCGAGCUGUGCGAUAUGCAGUGUAAGGGCGAAGACAUGGUUAUCCAAUCGUCGGUAUCACUCAAAACCAAGCACAUCUCGUUCGGUUGUGAUCGGGACGCGAGCCAAUGCAUGCGCCGACUCAACGAGAAUGGACAGCAACGCGAUGGUAACGGUGAUGCGUCCGGGUUAGUUGAUUUGCUGCAGAAGAAUACCGACUGGACGAAGGAUCUAACGUACGACGAAGGUGCCGAAGCGAUCUUCCACUUCGAUGGUAGCUCUGGUGCGAUCGUACCGAAGAAUGUGGUACAACCGCAGGACUUUGCCGCCCAUCAGUUCAGCAUCGUGACGAUGUUCCGCCAUCAUAGUAUCGCGACCAGUGACAAGCACACGAAGGAACACAUCGUCUGCAGUGCGGAUGAUCACAAGAUGAACCGACACCAUAUGGCACUGUUCGUGCGCAACUGUCGGUUGAUACUGCUGCUCCGCAAAGACUUCAACGACGGCGAUCUGAACAUCUUCAGUCCGGCCGAGUGGCGCUGGAAGAUUCCGCAGGUGUGCGAUAACGAGUGGCAUCACUACACGAUCAAUGUCGAUCUGCCGAAGGUGGACCUAUACAUCGAUGGUAUACGGUUCGAGAGUAACGUUGAGGAUCGUCACAGCAAUCCGGAAGUCAUCGAUGAUUGGCCGCUGCAUGCUGCGCACGGCAUUAACACGACGCUUGCAAUCGGUGCCUGUUACCAGGGUUCGGAGAAUCGACUCAAGCAUGGAUUCAGCGGUGACAUUGCGGAAAUUAAACUGUCCACGCGCAAAGUGCUCACCGCGAAUCAGAUCCGCUGUGGGACGGAUUGUGCGGAGAAACUUCUGCCACCGGCCGAUCACUACCUGGAACCGGAGCAACAGAUCCAAUCGAACACGCAGAUGAACAAGAUCAUUAUCGAGGGCAGCAACAAGACAAACAUUGAGCAGCUACUGCAGCAGAUUCAGUACAUCAACUCGAAGGAAAGUCCCACGAUUGGACGGCGCAACAUUCAGGUGAUGACGACGGUAAGCUGCCCCAACAAGAAAGCUAUCCGGUUGCCAACGAUUGAUACGUACAUAAUGGUUAGUGCGGCAAACAAUCUGUCUGGCGGUAGUAUGCUAUCGUCCUCCUCAUCAUCAUCUUCCGGGCUGUACAACAAAAUUCUGGUUGAUAAACCGCUCGCAACCGACCAAAAGCCACAGAUCGUGAUUAGCGGCAACUCGAAUCAUCUGGUGUCGUACCCGGACAUUAAGGAGGGUGUAAAGAUUCUGGCACAGAUCAACAUUAGCGUUUACACGGGCAAGGACAUUCGGCCCGAGCUGCAGAAGCUCGACUCCUGCAACGUGAACGUAUUCCCGAGCCUCAAUCCGGACCACGAGGAAAUCACGAUCGAUGAUAAGGACGGUGCCGAUGAGUCACUGUUCAAGUUCGACAUCAAGACGCAGAUCAGCAAGGAGGGCGUCGAGAUGAUCGGUUACGAUACGAUCGAGAACUAUCAGCACGUGCUGAAAUCGCUGGUUUACAUCAACAAGAAACCGGCCUACUAUCUGAACCGGGUGUUCAAGCUGACCUGCUCCCAGGUGGACGAUCAUUUCCGCAGCGCGGAGUACACACUCACGCUGACGGUGCUACACCCGAAACAGCAACCAACCUCGUCGAUCGCUUCCGCAGCGCCGUCUUCGAACGUUCUGCUCGCCAUCUCGACAGCACCCUCGGAACAGCAUCCAGCCGUGGCCGUUGAUUCGCACGACAACACAAACCAGUACGCACAUGUGAUGCUACAUUCGCACGAUGUCCAGGAAUCACAGUCGAAGGUGCGCAACAGCGGAGGUGCCACUCUGCUUGGGCAUGAGAAGCUCGCCUCGUCACACUCGACCAUGUUGAUCGUGGUCAUAUGCGCAUCGUUCGUACUGCUCAUCUGCGGUGUCGGUAUCGCUCGUCUGCGCAACAGCAACGCUGCGAUGAACGGGACCAGCGGUGGACAUGGUGGUGCAGCGGGUGCCGCUGGUGGCGCAUUUUCGCGCAACCUUACCGACAAGCAUCUGCCGUGUCCGAAGGUCGCACCCGAUCAGCAGCUCGACUGGGAUGAUUCGGCGCUGACCAUCACCAUCAACCCGAUGCAGCACGACACACUGUCGGACGAAAGUUCCGAAUCGGAAAAUUCCGAUUCCGAGGACGAGGAGGUGCUUAACGGGCGCUACAAAAACGUCAGUCAGCUCGAGUGGGACAAUUCCACAAUCUAAAUGAAUAUAUCAAAUAUUUUAAAGUAUGACAGAUUUAUUACAACAUCAACAGCCCCACAAGCGCAUUGCAAAAUCCCUUUCCUUCUGCAUUAUCAAAAAAAAAGAAACAGAGCAGUUAGAAGCGAGCAGCAAACAACAGCAGCCAUUCAUACGAAACAAACGAUUCCCAGUACCGUACAGGCUAAAUACACACCUCUAUAUAUAUCUGAAUAUAUAUAUAUAUAUAAAUUAUAUCAACAGCUAAUACUCUCAUGCAUACAAAAGGAUUUACCCUUGUGAAGAGAAAACAACAUACAUACAAAUACACACACACACACAUCAGUAUUGCGUGCAAUUUAAGUACGACAAAUGCUCUCGGGGCAGAAAACACGAAAACACAAGAGGAACAAAUUAAAUAAUUUGGCAGACACCACACACCAACUCGCAAGGUGUGUAUGUGUGUUUUGGGGGGGAGAAGAUUAAAGGGGGGUAGUAAAGAAUCCAGGGUAGCGUGAAAAACGAAGAGUAAACCUGGGAACCAUUCACGAACCAUUUCACGAUGUUCCACCUUUUUCCUAAUACCCACGUCCCACAGAAAAAGCGAGAGAGAAAGAGAGCACAACAACAGUCCAACCAUCAAAAGAAGGGCCACAGGAUGGUCACUUUCAGGCAUCCUUUCUGUCCUGUUUUUGGUCAGUAAAACAAUCGCAAUGUACUUACCAAUGCUGCAACAAUGCAUAAGGAUGUGUGUUGUGUAUGCAAAUGAGUCGUAAAGAAAUGCACCACACCCCAAGCCCAUUUGCUCGUUUUUGUGGGUCCUUCCGCCCCAGUUGGUGGUGUACAAUGCGUGCAUCACUCCGUGUUUUUUUGUGUGUGUGUGUGCGUUGAAAUUUCUCGAACAUGAGAAUUUAGAGAAAUUCCACAAAGAUGCAACAUCCGUAUGUGUGUGUGUGUAUGCGCAUGCCGAGCAUCAGCAUACAUGAAAUUUAGAAACCAGCUUAAUAAUAUGAAAAAAGGAUUCUAUAUUAUUAAUAAAAGAAAAUCUACAGAGCAACAAACGUAGCUAUCUAUAUAGAGUAAACAAACAAAAAAGCAGAAAGGAUAAAAGUAGAGCAGCAAGAAGAAAAGGUGAGCAGACAGGAGAAAACAGAUAGCAAAAGCAGUAAAAAGAAAUACAGAGAAGGGUAGUGAGAGAAUAAACGUAAAACGUGUGUAAUAGUGUGUGAGAUGUAUAAAAUUGAUUAAACAAAAAAGAAAACAAAAAAAAACAAAAGGGAUAUAAAGUGAAGCGGGAGGGGAAGGUACAUUAGUAAUGCAACACAGUCCGUCUGCGUGUGUAAUAUGUAAUGUGUAACUGUUUUGUGUUUGUGCGUUUAUGUACUGCUGGGCGUCCUUCCCUAUCCUUCCCACCCACACCCUCUCUUCCCACGUUGGCAGAGGAUGUGUUUGUCCGCGGUGGCACAGCGUAUCCUUUGUACGAUUUAGUAACUGAGGAAGCGACAUAGCAAACAAAACAAAAGAAGAGAAAACAACACAAAACGUUUUACGAUAAGACGGCUAAACUAUCAUUAGUACUAUCGCUGCUCUAUUACUUAAUUACCCUGCUGCUAUCAUCACCGAUACUACUAUUACUACUACUAUUACUACUGCUACUACUACGACGACUGCUACUAGUAUGGCUGCUAUCAUCUCCACAGCAUGGUGUUAAGUACUACCGUGCACCAUUACCACAGAGGGAAAGAAAAAGCAACAAGUAUAUCGCAAACCAUCACCCUGAACAAAUAAUGGCAUACCAACGGUGAACAAUUGUUGCACACAAAAGCAAGGUUGAUAAAGGAUAAGAAAUCAAGUGAAUUGGAUGAACGAAUGAUUGAAGAAUACGAAACACGGAUCAUUACUUCAUCAUUACUUCAACACGAAAAAUACAACAACGCCACAAUGGACCCACGAAAUAUGAGUGUCAUUUCCUGACGGAUUCAGCUGCAUCCUGGAAUGUAAUUGUAAUGUUGAACAACAAUUGGGAAACUCAAUUCGGCAAUUCAACACAUUGGCGCACAAGGAUGCAACAACGCAAAUAACAUCCAUUUGUUUUCGUGAUUGUAAGAACGCUGUGCGCACUGAAAAUCCUUCGUUUGUUAAUUUGUUAGAAAAAGGAGUAUAGAAGAUUUACUAACUAUGAAUAGGAAAGCAGAUGGAAGGGAAAAAGGUACGCAACAGGCAAUAAGAAGAAGGAUGGAAUAUGUAGCAAGAUUCACUUUGCCAGGAACAUGUUUUUAGCAGGCAGAACUUGAAUAUUUUUUUGGGGGGGAGUAGUACACUCGAACAAAUUUUGUCAACAUAACUAUAAAGGUAUAUUGGUUAUGCCGUUUUUUCCAUAUCCUUGGGCUAUUUUUCGGCUAUCCACUACACCAGGUGGCAUUUUCUAAUCCUAAUCCUAGAAGAUAUGAUUCUUCUAUCUUCUUGUUAAUUUUUGAUAAAAUUGCUUUCAUUGUACGUAAUAUUUUUUGAUUAUGUUCAAAAUAAAAAAUCCUAAGUAUUUUUUAAACACCAAAAAAACAAUUUUUUUCUACCAACUGAGUGUACCAUCUCUCCAUGUAAUCGAUCCUACUUAAAGCGAUAUUGCUGUAUCGAUUUGAAGGUCCUUUCUGAUCUUCACCUUCACCUGAUUGCUACAAUUUGUGCAAUCUUUUCGUUCCAUUUCACUUGUAUUUUCUCCUGCACACCAUUUCAGUUACUUACCAUCUUUUUGUGGUGUUUUUUUUGGUUUUUUCUCCCUUGUUUCACACAAAAAAGAACAAAUUUUAGUAGCAAAAAAGGCAGCUUUUAAUUUUUAAACUAUCUCGUGUUUCUUUUCUUAUGCCAUAAGAGUUUUUUUUUUUAAUUAUUAAAAGAAGGAUGGCUUUAGUGUUAAGACAAUUUUUUUCUUAAAUUCCUUUUCCAUCCCCGUCCUUUUUAUGUGCCGCUAUUAAGGCUAAGCGUUCACAACAACAACAACAACAAAACCCACGUUCACAAUCAUGGCUUGCUGGUGUAAAUUUUAAAUCACAUUCUGUAGCGCGAAAGCGCACGCACGCGCACCAUGUUGGUGAAGAACGGUGUGAAAUGUAACAACAGUCGUCGUCACAGAGAGAGAGAAACGCGUAUGCCAUUCAAUUGUAGGCGCUAGUUCGGUUGGGGGAGGGUCGAAAUGCGAUACAAACUAAUAGCGCGCAAAUGAAAUGAAGUAUUGUAAAUGAAAUAAAGUAAAUGAUGGAAAACAAAGCGAACCCCGGGUCGAUCGAUCGUGAUGAAAAUCGAUGGUUUGGAAGUUGAGAAUAGAGCGUCGUAUAAAAGCGACGACUGUCCACGAAAAUGUCGAAUGCCUGCAAAGGGGUCAAAAAGGUGAACAGUGGUAUGUUUCGUAGGUAGUGUAUUGAUAGUAGUAAUCCACCCACAGUGCUGCCCCUCGAUUCGUUUCCCAUGCUCCAUUAAUGUCCCACUUCCUUUGCCUAACACACUAACAUAUCGUAUUUGCGGUAGGCUUAACUUAGCGAAAUGUAAAACAACAGCUAAACAAAACAAAGCAAACAAAUCUUGUAUUCACAAAAUGUGUCCAUAUAUAUAAAUGUGUGUGUGUAUGAUUAAAUCACACGCGCGCCACGUGGCAAAAUGGCUGAGAAAACAUGUGAGAAACAUAGAAAGGAGUCAACACACACAACUAUUUAUAAGCGAUAUAAAAUCUUUACUUUUGCUUUUGUUUUGUCGUAUAAAUGACCUUUAAAACCAGGCCACCAAUCGAUUAAAUGUAAUGGAAAGAUAGAAUAAUAAUGGUGAUGAUGUGUGUAAUAUUGUUUUUGUCUGUAUUUUCUAUUAUUUUCUUCAGGUAUUUUUUUUUCUUUUUAGAACGAUGCAAGAUGAGCAAAAAUGGGCCAAUAAAAGAAACUUUAUUUCAUUCCACAAUGAACAAACAAAACAAAUCCAACCCAACCAAAAUGGUGGAAUAGAUCGGCAUGAUAAUGGAAGGCAAAUAUCACCAGGAAAUACCACCAAAAACCUCCUUAGAUCACUCGUGUUGGAUAGUGUUUGUUCUUUUGUGUGCUGUUAGUAACUGUCACGGUUGUGACAAGUUACACACCGUGUAUGUGAGGUGUAAUAUCAAAGUAGUCGAUGACUAUAUCCAAUUAUGCCUAACAAUACAAAACAUACUUUCUCCAUCUCACUCAGCUCAGAAACCGUCCAACAAAUGGCGCACAUGGCGAAAGGUAGCCACAAUUGAAGUGUAAUGAUUUUACAAUCAUCAACAAAACAGAUGCAGCUGAUAAAGCAAUGCAUGGUAACGAAAUGCACUUCGCCUACAAAUUGUUUGAAUUACGGAUGUGGCAUUACCUUUUCGUAGCAUCGUUUCUACGAUUAGACGAUAAAGCGUGAACGUAGCAAAUGCGUACGCCGUUUCUGUUAAACAAAAGUAAAAGAACAAUUAAACAGCCAGAAAUUUGAAAGAAAAAAAAACAAAACAAUUAUUGCAAAUCAUACAUUGCAGUUUAAAAAUGGACGUUUCUAAAUUAUCAAAGCUUGAACAGCAAAUUAAAAAUAAAUUUCUAUUUUCUUUCGAUUCUCCUUUCUUCGGCAAUUCUCAUUGUCACAAAAGCAGAAGCAAAGCAUAACAAAAGAUGAACAGAAUUGUAUACUGGCACAAUCCAAGAGAAAAAAAAAACAAUGUAAUGAAAUAAGAUUGUAAAACGCAGUGUAGAAGAAGUAAAGAAAAAUAAUCAUUAAAACAGUGUAACACAUUAAACAAUGCGCAAAAAAAACAUCAACACAACAUCAGAAAACUGGCACAGCAUCAGUUCUUAUGGUAAUCAUGAGAAAGCAGGUGAAUAAAAACGGACUUGAACACAGAAAACUUGAGAAAACGUAAGAAAAAGAUGAAUAAUAAGAGUCAAAUGAAAUUGAUGGUAAUGUAAUGAAAACAACAUAAAAAACACAACACAAAAAAACAGCAUAAUACAAAUAGAAAAGGAAAAUGAAAGAUGGUGUAAGGGAAUGUUGUUGAGUUUAUAGCAAGAUGCAGGGAUGGCUGUAAAAGACAUAACAGAAGGAGAAAAGUGUUCUUGUUUUUGUGUGAAAGUAAGAAAACUAGAAGAACAAGGAAAACAAGAACACAGAUAGUAUAUAUAUAUACACACACUCACUUACCUAUAUACAUAAUAUAAUUGAGUCAUGAACAAGAAAAAAAAACACACACAAAACACACCUUAUAACAAAGUAUUAUGGCUUGCUUUUGGUUUGUUAUGCAAAUAACUUUUAUUACGCGUAAACAAGAAGAAAACAAAAGCCCACAGAACGUAGGAUAAAUAAUAGCAAACAAAAAAAAACAUAGUAAGCACUUGUAUGUGUAAAGAGGAAACAGGUUUUUUGGAUGAUAUCUCCGUCUUGUGUGAAUAGAAAACCAUCGUGGUUUGAGCGAAUAUGAUUAAAAACUUUCCUUGUUUUUUCAAAUCCCAUAUUCCUCAUGUUUGAAUGUAAGCAAAAUAGCUGCAGAGCUUCUCAAAUGAAUGUUUCAACCGCACUAGCGAUUAAUGAAAAGAACUUGAAUACUACAAAAUGAAGACAAGAACGUCCUUAAUGUAAGCUACCAAAUUUGCAACCCCAUGAAAAAGGUUUAAACCACAAGAAAAGCGUUGAAUGGAACGUGUGCAACCCAAAAAUCGUCUAAAUCUUUCCUCCAUGCUCCAUAGAUAGAAGCAAAAACAGAAACAAACAAACAGAAAAAAACAGCUACAGUUUAAAACUAGCGACAAAGAGAGUAUAACAUAUUUAAUGUAAACGUGUAAACGUGGGCUUAAACCCAAACAAGAAGCAGCAAACAAGCCGCUGAAAAGAGGAGAAGGAAACAUAACAAGAGCUAGCAAAAAAAAACCCAAGCGUGUAAUCCUGCAAAACAUUAUUCCACACCUUCCUCUGUAAUAAUCCCAACAACAAAACAACACACUUCUCUAUAAUGCGUCCAAAAACACAUAUACGGUGCCGCCUAAUUUUGUCCGUUUCAUUUUUCUUUAACCGAAUAAAAUUUACUUAAUAAAACCAA